CUCAUUGCAAACACAGAGCUUACACUGCGAAGUAGCUGUGUGCUCAGCCGAGCGAGACGGCCUCUCUCUCACUUGCUCGCAGUGUGGGGCUGCUGUGGCCAGGUGACCGGCACCGUAGGGAAUACUCAUGGCAAGAAGAAGGGGCUCAAGGGGGUGUCCCUGCUGCUCGAUGCUGCGGUGAGAGCAGCGGGUGGGCAGGUCUCUCUCCACUUGUCCCUGUCCCCCCGUCCUGUUGCUCAUGCCACUACUGUAGACAGCUGCACGCACUCGGCUCGACCAGAUGGAGGCACGGGGAGGAGCGGGCAGCCCAGAGCCAAACAAAGACGCGCAGAAGCUACGGAGGCCUUCCAGCUCAGGGGAAGUGAACACAGAACCUUCCCACAAUGCCUCAGGAGGAGCGGAGAGAGGAUUUCCGGUGCCCAUCUCUGGGCUGCUUCAGGUCGCAGAGAGGAGACAGCCCCUGAGCAGCGUGUCCUCCCUGGAGGUGCACUUUGACCUCCUAGAUCUGACCGAGCUCACGGAUAUGUCUGACCAGGAGCUGACCGAGGUCUUUGUCGAUUCAGAUGAAGAACACCACAAUGAAUUGGCAGCAAGUUGCCCCACUGACGCUCCGGCUCUUCAGCCUCACGGUGACAGUCGUCUAUCAGGCCACCAUCACCCGCCUCAGCCCCGAGGAGGGUACUUGCGCUCGCCCUCGUGGAGCCGGUGCAGCAGAGGAGAUGCAGGGCGGGAGAGAAAACGCCAAAGCGAGUCGGACACCAGGGAGCCCUUCCCGCGGGCGGAGCGGCCCAAGCAGCCAUGAGCCAGGACCGUUGGCGCUGCGGUCGGUCCAUCUGUGCCGACACAGCCCUGCAGGGAAAGAAACCUCUGCUUUUAGCGAGGCCGAGAGAACAGAGGGUCUGUGGUGGUGCAUGCUGGGAUGUCGGUUUGUCAAACUUACAGCGAUGUGAAGAUUCAGCUGAGAGACGAGCUUCCGCUUAAGCGCAAAGAGACUACUAAACCACUGAAGUAGUACACUUCCCUGAGCCUCUUUUCUUUCACCUUCCAUGCUGACCAAACAUAUACGCAAAACAAACCCCAGCAUCCCAGAAUUCAGAAAACUCAGAGGCACAAAGGGCAUUUGAACACUUCCAGUUAAGGAGAAUGUCCCAAGACAAAGAGGAGUCAUCAGAAAUGGACGGUCCAUGUGUCCAGCACAAGGCCCUCUGCAUCUGUGUGUUGACUUUGGUUUGUUCAGUGUGGAAGGGCCCUUUAAGACAAAUUAUAAAUAACGCAGCUGUGCCAUAUGUUGGCAUGGUGAUUAGCAGCUCAGUGGACCGAUGGAAAGCUGUGGUCGAGGCGACACAGACAGUGCGAGACGCCCAACCUCCCUUUCCCUGUACUACACCGUAACGUGAACACAGACUCACAAGUGGGUCCAUGGGCUCCAAGUUAAUGUUUCAUUAAACCCUGAGAAUUCAAUAAAUGAAGUUACAGAUGAACUCGAUUCGCACUUGAUUUGGAAUUUGGGGUGGAUUUGCAUUUUAUGUAUAUAAUAAUAUAUAUAAUAGAAAUUACUGUAAAAUAGUAAGUUAGAUAGUUGGCUUGACUGUGAAGCUGUUUAGAGAGGAGAUGCACUGGGCCACCAAACCAGAUGGUAGGUCAGUGUGCAGCCCUGAGGGUGACGCUCUGGCACUCAGGGAAACAGCGAUGUGUUGGGGCAGGCUGCUGACAGGAGGCCCUAGGGGCCAUGAGGCACGACAUGAUGCGACACACGGGAGAGAAAAAGAUGCCCUUUGUUGCUUACCUGCAGCACCACUCGCAGCACUAC